AUGGCGUCACUCUUAACCCUCUCCCUGGCCAUCCUGGCCCUCACUGGAACCGCUCUGGGUGGCAAGCACCCGAAGAAGCGCCAUAAUGUUGUGCUCAUCAUGUCUGACGACCAGGACCGUCAACUCGGGUCUCUCAACUACAUGCCGGCCUUGCAGAGAGACAUGAUUGCCAAAGGUGUCGAGUUCUCCAACCAUUUUGCCACUGUCAGCAACUGUUGCCCAUCACGGGCCAGCUUGCUGAGAGGCCAAGCUGCUCACUCGACUAACAUUACCCACGUCCGGCCUCCUGGUGGUAAUUACGACAAGUGGCGCCUUGCUGGGGAGGAUCUCAAUUACCUCCCUCACUGGAUCAAAGAGGCUGGAUACAGGGCAGAAUAUGUUGGCAAGUUCCUCAACGGUUACAGCACGGCCAAUUACCACAUUGCCCCCAAGGGCUGGGACCAUGUCGACAGUCUGUUGGAACCGUACAUCAAUGACUACAACAAUGUCGUAAUGUCUCGAAAUGGAGAGCGACCGGUCCAAUACCGGGGAUUCCACUCCACAGAUGUCAUCCGGAUCAAGGCACUUGAUCGCUUGCAACACCUUCUGUCCGAGGGAGGCCCUUUCUUUUUAGCUAUCACGCCUUACGCACCUCACGUGGCGGGCCAAAAGCCCCCAACUCCCCAAGCCCGCCAUGAAGACCUAUUCCCAGAUCUCAAGACACCUCGAUUUGCCAAUUGGAACCCUCCGGAUGAUAUCCAAAAUGGGAAGAGCGUCUUUUUGAAAGACAUGGAGAGGAUGAACAGCUCAACCAUCAAAUUUGCUGAUAAUCUCUUCCGCCGGCGUAUUCAGUCUAUUCAGGGAGUGGAUGAGAUCAUUGAAGAUGUGGUAAAGAUGCUCAAAGCCAAAGGAGAGUUGGAUAACACAUUCAUCAUCUUCACCGCCGAUAACGGCUAUCACAUUGGCGCUCAUCGACUUCCUGGCGGCAAGGCUUUACCCUAUGUUCAAGAUGCCAACCUUCCGCUGGUUGUACGUGGACCAGGAAUGCCCCACAAUGUCAAGUCAAAAGCCGCCAGCGCCCAUCUGGACUUUGCUCCCACCUUCUUGGAGAUAAUGGGGCUGGACGAAGACAAGUGGCCUGAGCUUCUAGAUGGACGGAGUCUUCUAAAGGAAUGGCAAGAUCCUGUACCAUCGGUCAAGCCGCCCGUUGGUAGUGCCAAGGAAAUACUUAACAUUGAGUUCUGGGGUGACAAGAUCAUUGAGAUACCCGGCUUCGAGGGUGUGCUCUUGGCUAACAAUAGCUACAAAUCACUACGCAUUGUGUCGGAAGAGUCAUCUUGGAUGUUUGUGUCGUGGUGCACCAACGAGAUAGAGCUCUACAACACGAAGAAUGACCCAUGGGAAAUCAAAAACCUCGCUCGCGGUGCUAUCAAGCCCGAGUACCGACGGCUACUCGACAGACUCAAUGCCAUCCUUUUGGUGACAAAGUCAUGUCAAGGCAAUAGCUGUCGCGAUCCAUGGUCUGUCCUGCAACCUCCCAAUGCCUCCUCCGCCAAACCUAUUGGGUCCCUCACGACCGCCAUGAACCCAAAGUACGACAAGUUCUUCUCAAGCCUUCCCAAGGUCCACUUCAACGAGUGCAUGAAGUAUCAGAGUGAGGACAAUGAGAAACCUUUCUAUCCUCCAGGAGCUGAAAAUGGACUGGGGAAGGCCUUCCGUCUUGCCACUGAUAAUUGGGUAACAUCCACCUUCAGUGCCGCAUCAGUCGCGCCCAACGCGGUGCCGGCUGGUGGAGCUGAGCAGCGGCAUGCGACCCUGAAGCAGUUGAUGGUAGAUACACACAUGUUGUCCGAUGCAGAGCUGGGCAAUGUGAUACCUCGAGAGUGA